AUGGCAACUCGGACUCUGACAGCAAAGUUGUGGCGUCUCAAUGCAAAUUUGGUAUCGAAGCAACAACUUCGACAGCUCACGCUACAUGAAUAUCAGUCGCAGAACCUUUUGAAGGAGUUCGGCAUCCCAGUACCCCGAGGACACCUCGCAAGAACACCAGCCGAAGCUGCGGUGAUUGCCACAGAGCUUGGCGGAAACUGUUCUCUCAAAUCACAGAUAUUAAGGGGCGGCAUCGAUGACGGCGCGUUUGACAACGGGUCAGGGGCCGGCAUUCAACUGGUCAAUAAUGCAGAAAGCGCCGAGAAAGCUGCCAAUCGCAUGCUUGGUCACUACUUGAAGACGGAUCAAUCCGUAGGUAACGGUGUAUUGGUCAAUAAGCUUCAUGUUACGGAAAGCCUGAAUCCCGAAAGAAAGUGGUACUUGGCGAUCACAUUCGAUCGCGAGAACUAUUGUCCAAUAAUCAUCGCGUCAAAAUUUGGCGGAGUCGCCAUCGAAAAGAUAGCAGCCCAGCAUCCAGACGAGCUGCAUACAUUUCGAUUUGGAUUCACGGAUGGCAUCACAUCCAAACUCACCGACAAAGUCUCGAAAUGUCUCGGAGCUUCGGCGAAAGAGAAGGAAGACCUCAAUGACAUACUCGGCAGACUUUAUAAGAUUUUCACAACAAAGGACGCCUAUUCGCUUGAGAUCAAGACUCUAGCAAGCUCGUCAGAAGGAGGUCUGACUUGCAUGGACGCCAAGUUCUCAUUUGAUGAUGCUGCGGCCAAGCGGCAGAAGCCACUUUUUGCAGAGCGAGACACGGAGCACGAGAUUCCAGAAGAAGUCGAGGCUGAGAAGUAUGGGCUGGUCUAUGUUCGCAUGGACGGCGACAUUGGCAAUGUGGUCAAUGGAGCAGGUCUCGCGAUGGCGACCAACGAUGCGAUUGCCCUGCACGGUGGCGCCAGUGCAAACUUUCUUGAUGCUGGUGGGCAAGCGACGAAGGAGACCAUGGUCAAGGCAUUUGAGAUUAUCCUGCGGGACCAGAGGGUGAAGACGAUAUUUGUCAACAUCUAUGGCGAAUCCAUUCUUGGUGCAGCCAAAGAGCUGGGACCGCUGAAAAUUCCCAUGGUGGUUCGACUUCAAGGCACCAACUCUGAGAUGGGAUUGAAAAUCCUGGAAGAAGCCAAUCUUGGAUUGCAUACCGAAGCAGAUUUUGGGAAAGCAGCGCAAAAGGCACCAAUAAAGUCUCGACAUUUUCGCCAGAAAUAUGUUGCUCAGGCAGCGGCCCCUUGCAUCUUGAGACGCCCCAAGCUCACAUCAGCAACCAACGUCAACUCGAAGAGAUAUUUGAAGAAACCAAUUUCCCUGUUGACUUUUCGAAACAACGAGCUAUCAUACUACAACCCGACCACACCUGUAUCAUCUCUACGCCAAGAUUCGAUGGCUGACUCAACUACAACUCAGCCCAACCUAGACCCUAUCGCGGUCGCUGACUUCCACGACACACUCAAGAAGUCAAAGCGCAUCGUUGCUCUCAUCGGCGCAGGUCUUUCCGUAUCCUCGGGCCUUGCCACCUUCCGAGGGGCCAACGGACUGUGGAGGAACCAGGACAUAACACAGGUCGCUUCACCCGCAGGCUUCCGUCAUGACCCGGGUCUCGUCUGGCAAUUUUACACGUAUCGCAGGCACGACGCCCUUCGUGCCAAGCCGAACCCCGCUCACUAUGCUCUGGCCGAGCUCGCGCGCAGAGUGCCUGGCUUCGUCGCGUUGACGCAAAAUGUCGAUAACUUGAGCCCUCGGGCUGGUCAUUCGCCCAGUCAGCUGAAGGAGCUCCACGGCAAUCUUUUUGCGCUGUCCUGCGUCGAUGUGGUUGGAUGCGGAUACACCGAGCGUGACAACUUUGAGGAGUCUCUGUCGCCAGCACUCGAUCCUUCAAAGGACGAGGAGAGGACCAUCGGCAGCAUCAGUCCGGACGAGAAGCCUCGCGCCAGCCCAGUACUGUUAGCCGGCAUCGCGCGGAAACACGCGCAAAUCCUCGGGGAGAAGUAUGAGGGCAAUUCUCCGACCACGCGGGAUCUGACCGCUCUGAAAGCCCCGGAUCAACCGGCGUCAUCGAACCCCGUUGCUGUUAUCCGGAUGUCGUCGGGGUUGGAGAAAAAGGACCUACCGCAAUGCCCUAAGUGCAAGAACAACAUCCUCCGUCCCGCCGUCGUCUGGUUUGGCGAGCCACUGCCCGUUGAGGUUGUUGAAGAGGCCCAGGCGCUUUUCGAUGACCCCGAGGCCAUCGAUUUGUUUCUGACGAUUGGAACCACCAGCAAGGUCUGGCCGGCGGCUGGGUAUGCCGAGAUGGCUUGCAAGAAGGGUGCGAGAGUUGCUGUUAUCAACACGCGAGCUGAAGACGCGAGACAUGUUCGGCCGGAUAAGGACUGGGUGUUUGUAGGAGAUGCAGCAGUUGUCCUCCCCCAGUUACUGAAACCGGUGAUUAGCGAAUCAUACGAGCAAGUCGAGAAGAACAUGAAGAAAUAG